AUGGCCCCUAUUGCUGCCGCUGCUACCCCUGCCCCCGUUAAUACUGCCGACCUUAAGGCUGCCAACGACGCCAACUCCCAGCUCGCAUCACUCUUCGUUGCUGCUAAGGCGGCACGCAGAACCUCCGCCGAGGCGCUCGCCUCCCGUGUCAAAAAUGAUGGCAUUUCCGUUUUCGAGUCCACAGGAUUCACCGACGCCAUUCUCAAGGCCCUUGCCGACAAGAAGUCCCCAGCUGCCCGUGAAGGUGCUUCCCAGGCUAUCACUGCAUUGAUCAAAGGCGAUGCAAUCAAAGCCCUUGAACCAUUCAUCGUCUCUUCCAACGAGGAUGGUAUCUUCAACCAACUCCUAGAGACUCUCGGGGACAAGAUGCCUGCGCCUCGCAAUGCCGCGUUGGAGGCCGUUCUUGCGAUCGCCUCGAAUGUAUCCAUUUGGGCUGUUGGAACACUCCUUCCGAUCCUUCUCAAACAAAUUAAGAGUGCGAGUAAGUGGCAGGUGAAGACCGGCUCACUUUCGGCUCUCGAUCAGUUCAUCCAGAAUGCCCCUGUCGCCGUGGCGAGGCUCACCCCUGAUAUCAUUCCUGUCCUUGCAGAGGCGAUCUGGGACACCAAGAAUGAAGUCAAGAAGGUCGCACGCGAGACUCUCACAAAGUCCACGGCUCUGAUCUCCAACAAGGACGUGGAACGAUUCAUUCCUGCUUUGAUUUCAUCUUUAAUUAAUCCAGUCGAGGAGGUGCCUGGCACCAUUCAACUCCUUGGCUCUACAACAUUCGUUUCCGAGGUUGACGCUCCUACACUAUCACUGAUGGCUCCGCUCCUCCAGCGCGGCCUUAAUGAACGACCUACCGCUACUAAACGUAAAGUUGCCGUCAUCAUCGACAACAUGUCCAAACUCGUGGACAACGAGUUCACAGUCCGUCCCUUCGUCCCCAGGCUUCUUCCUGGGUUGAUUCAGAUCCAAGAAACUGUCGCAGACCCUGAAGCUCGCGGUGUUGUCGUGAAGGCUAUCAACACCCUUCGCGAAGUUGCCAAAGUCCCUGAGGGUGAUGGUUCUAAUCUCCCUCCGUUGAAGGUUGCAGAUGCCGCUUCGCAAACCCAGAUUGCCCUGGAAGUGUACCAGAAGCUCAGCGCAUCACCCGAUGCUUCUAAUGCUUCUUUGGGCUACGCUGCGAGGCUUGCUGCAAACCUGGUCAAUCUUCGUAUCUUCGAAGUUGCCGAUUGGGAGGCCGCUUUGGCGCCCUACCUUGAAUACGUUACCACGUCGCCUGAUCCAAAGGAGGUUGCCCGCCAAUGGUUACUCAAGUCUGUCGCGGCCACGAGCGAUGACGACGAAGUCCCCGACGAUGAGGAGGAGGGUGAGGACCUCUGCAACUGUACAUUCUCAUUGGCAUACGGUGCCAAGAUUCUGCUGAACACUGCGACUCUCCGCCUCAAGCGUGGCCACCGCUACGGUCUCUGUGGUCGCAAUGGUACCGGGAAGUCCACACUCAUGCGGGCCAUCACCAACGGUCAGGUCGAGGGCUUCCCGUCGCCCGAUGAAGUUCGCACAUUUUACGUUGAGCAUGACAUCGACGGUUCCGAAGAAACCACAUCCGUCCUCCAGUUCAUCCUUGAUGACAAGCGCAUUCAAGCCAGCGAAGACGAAGUCAUUGAGGCUCUUGGUAACGUUGGUUUCAACGCCGAGCGCCAGGCUUCUGCCAUCGGGUCGCUUUCUGGUGGCUGGAAGAUGAAGCUCGCCUUGGCCCGUGCCAUGUUGUUCAAAGCUGACAUCCUACUCCUCGAUGAGCCUACUAACCACCUCGAUGUUGUCAACAUUGCCUGGUUGGAGAGCUACCUCACCGGUCUCAAAACUUGCACCUCUAUCAUUGUCUCGCACGAUUCCGGCUUCCUAAACAAGACCAUCACCGAUGUCCUGCACCUUAACCGCUUCAAGGUCAAGCGCUACAGAGGCAACCUUGAGUCGUUCGUCAAGGCAGUCCCAGAGGCCAAGUCGUACUUCACUCUCCAGGCUGCGGAGGACUACAAGUUCAAGCUCCCCGACCCCCCACUCCUCGAGGGUGUGAAGACAAAGGAAAAGAGUCUGCUCAAGAUGCGUAAAGUUGGCUUCCAAUACCCUACGCAGGCUGUUCAGCAGCUCUACGACAUAACUCUCCAAGUUUCCUUGUCUUCUCGAGUUGCCAUACUGGGUCCGAACGGUUCUGGCAAGUCAACUCUAGUUAAGCUCCUCAUUGGUGACCUUGAACCCAACAAGGGCGGCGAGGUUUGGAAGCACCCGAACUUGGUUAUCGGCUACGUGGCUCAGCAUGCGUUCCACCAUAUCGAUCAUCACCUUGACAAAACUCCUCUUGAGUAUAUGUUGUGGCGUUACCAGACCGGCGAAGAUCGCGAGGAGCUGAGCAAAGCUAACCGAGUGAUUAGCGCGGAAGAGGAGGCGAAGAUGAAGGAGGGUGGUGUUGUUGUUGUCGAAGGACAGAAGCGUACUAUCGAAGAGAUCGUUGCACGCAAGAAGUUGAAGCAGUCGUACGAGUACGAAGUCUCGUUCAAGGGUUUGUCGAGCACGGAGAACAUCUGGAUUUCUCGCGACGAACUGAUCCAGCGUGGGUUCGAGAAGAAAGUUGUCGAGCUCGACACUCGUGAGGCUCAGCGCCUUGGUCUCCUUCGUCCCCUUGUUCGUCGUGAAAUUGAGAAGCACUUCGCUGAUUUUGGAUUGGAGGCCGAGUUUGUCAGCCACAACACCAUGAGAGGUCUCUCUGGUGGUCAAAAGGUCAAGAUUGUGCUGGGUGCUGCGACCUGGCGCCGACCGCACGUUAUCUGCUUGGAUGAGCCUACCAACUAUCUUGAUCGCGAGUCCUUGGCUGCCCUUAUCGAAGCCCUAAAAGACUUCCAAGGUGGUGUGCUUAUCAUCACGCACAACCGUGAUUUCUCGGAGUCAAUUUGUUCCGAAGUUUGGGCCAUGCGUGAUGGCCAUCUCGAGGCUUCUGGUCACAACUGGGUCGAAGGCCAGGGUUCUGGACCACGAAUUGACAAGAAGCAGGGUGAGGAGGAUGAUCAAUAUGAUGCUAUGGGUAACAAGAUUGAGAAAGCGAAGGCGAAGAAGAAGCUAGCGUCGUCUGAUGCUCGCAAGGCUAAGAAGGAGCGGAUAGCUCGCCGCAAGCGUGGCGAGGAGGUCUUUUCUGAUGAAGAAUAGAUAACGUCCUUCUUUUCUUACCCAUCUUCGAUUAAGCCCUUUCUUGAUUCUACGGUCGGUUAAUUAUUAUUCUUUGUCCCCAUGUGCAUCUUUGUUCCUAUAUGUUUCGCAUCACUCAUCCCUCUCCCGAGCUUCAUGGUCCUAGCUCUGUAUGAACUUCAUUCAUUUCCUCUACGUUCCUGUAUGGUAGUGUCUUCCGUGUGCCUUGUCUGACCAUUAUAAUACAUGGGUCUUUACUUGUA